CUCUCUCUCUCUCUUCUCGUCUCGUUGCUUCAGGACAUUGAUUUGCUUACGCCAUCACUUCCGUCUUCACCAUCUUCAUGCCAUUUUCAGACGACGACGAUAUGAGAUAUGAAGGCUUCAAAUCUGCUGGAUUUAUGGUAGAUCUGAGAUGUGAGGGCUCUUCCUCUGCUGCUACAACCACCGAGAUGAACGAUGGAGGCAAAAUCUGUUUGAAGGCUUCAAAUCUGCUGGAUUUAUGGUAAAUCUAUUUGAUCGAUCUCAUUUUCUGCUUUGAUUUGGGUUUUUUUUUUUUUUUUUUUUGUAGACUGAUAUUAACCAUCGAAGAUGUUUGGGAGAGCACCUAAGAAAAGCGACAACACAAAGUACUAUGAAAUUCUUAGGGUUUCGAAGAACGCUUCACAGGAUGAUCUGAAGAAGGCCUAUUGUAAAGCCGCCAUCAAAAACCAUCAUGAUAAGGGUGGUGAUCCUAAAAAGGUAACUGCUGCGAAAAGGCCAAAGAAUAGUGCAUUGGAUUUUGGGCACAAUGUGAGAUCUGCCCCUGUAAUCACAGAGACUGUGAUAUUUUGGGUAAGAAGUUUCGGGUGUGAUAUGAGGAAACUCAGUCUUGGGAGGGUGUUGGAUUGCCUUUGUCUUUCUUCUAACUCAAGCUCUUGUUUCCGCAUCAAUUCUUUGGAAAACCAAGAUGAGUUUGAGAGCAAGCCAUUAGUUGUAAGUGAAGGUGGCAAUUUGGUGAAACUGAAGGAUGUUCUUGAAGGGCCCCAGACACUUACUUUCCAAUUGAAGCCCAAGGUGAGUUACUUCAAUGUAUAAUCCACUUUGUUGUUUUUAUAAUUUUUUUUUUUUUAUGUAACAGUGGCUUUGGAUUCUCUAUCCCACAAACACUAUGCCCACUUGUUCUAAUUUAUGUACAGUCAUUUGGUCAUGAUUGGAGAUUCUCACAUAAUAUAAUGGUUGCAAGUGAAUUGAGAUUGGAAGACAAAAUUUUUGUAAUAGAAGAUCUCUGACCCAUUGAAUAAUCAAAUGAGUUGCUUUUAAGCCUAUUUGGUUAUAUUUUGAUUUUCUAUUUUUGGUCCACUAAAUAACCAGAUGAUUUACUUUUAA